UAGUGAUUUUAUUUAUUUUGCAAGUUACUGUAUAUACUAACUUUACCUGCAGAAACUCUUUAUCUGAUGACCAUACUGUCUUAGGCUCGUACACGAUUAAGAGCUGGGCUUGUGUUUGCCACACCUGUAUGUUACAUAAUUGCAUACUGCCUGUCAGUGAUUGACAUGUAUUUAACAGGUGUCUCCCAGUCAUUCCUGGCAGCCCAACCUAUCUGCAUUAAACACAAAUGUUAUCUGUGAACUUUGCUACUUUCAUUUUUCUGUAACACUUUUGCAACUGCUAUUGCCAGCAGUUCUGAGAUUCCUUAUUACUUAACGAAAAGGCCUGGUACAAAUCACAGGAUAAUAUCUGAAGUAUUAUAUCCUGAGUUAAAUUUUAGACCAAGAAAAUGACUGAACAACCUUGUGAUGUGGAUGAUGUGAAAUGCGAGCAAGAGACUCUUAUACACCCGAAGGUGGAAAGACAUGAUGUGAAUACACUCAGUUUGCCACUUAAUAUUCGCCGGGGAGGUUCAGACACUAAUCUGAAUUUUGAUGUACCUGAUGGUAUAUUUGAAUUUCAAAAAGUAAAACUCAGUGCAGAUUGUCUGAAACAAAAAAUUCUGAAAGUUACUGAACAAAUAAAAAUAGAACAAACAGCUCGAGAUGGGAAUGUGGCUGAGUACUUGAAACUGGUGAACAGUGCAGACAAACAACAAGCUGGACGAAUUAAACAAGUUUUUGAAAAGAAGAAUCAGAAGUCUGCCCAUUCCAUAGCCCAGCUGCAAAAAAAGUUGGAACAAUAUCACAGAAAACUAAAAGAAAUAGAACAGAACAGUUUCUCCAAAAGCACCAGAGAUACUUCCAAAGACAGCCUAAAGGAAAUCCAACACUCUUUAAAAGAUGCACAUGGAAAAGCUCGUGCUACCAGCCAGGCCAAUGAAAGCAGCAAAACAGGGGUUCCGGGAGUCUCGUUGACACCACCAGUGUUUGUUUUCAACAAAUCCAGGGAGUUUGCAAAUCUGAUUCGGAAUAAGUUUGGUAGUGCUGACAACAUUGCUCACUUGAAGAGUAGCUUAGAUGACUUCAGACCAGAAACUACUUCUAGGGCAUAUGGUGGUAGUGCCACCAUAGUAGCCAAGCCAAAAUACACCAGUGAUGAUGAAUGCUCAAGUGGAACAUCAGGCUCCAUAGACAGUAAUGGAAACCAAUCCUUUGGUCAAGGUGGGGCAAAUACGUUGGACAACCAUGGAAAACUUUCCAUAUUCUUGGAAGAACUGAGGGAAAUAAAGGAAGCACAAUCCCAAUUAUCAGAAGAUAUUCAGAAUUUAAAAGUACAGUUUAAAAGAGAUUUUGGCUUUAUUUCUCAGACCUUGCAAGAGGAAAGAUUCAGAUAUGAGCACUUAGAAGACCAGCUAAAUGAUUUAACAGACCUCCAUCAACAUGAAACAGCCUAUUUGAAACAAGAACUGGCCAGUAUUGAAGAAAAAGUAGCAUAUCAGGCUUAUGAACGGUCACGUGAUGUUCAGGAAGCUUUGGAAUCUUGCCAGACACGGGUUGCUAAAUUGGAGCUCCACCAGCAAGAACAGCAAGCGUUACAAUCAGAAACGGUUAAUGCCAAAGUCCUACUAGGAAAAAGCAUAAAUGUAGUCUUGGCCUUCAUGACUGUUAUCCUUGUAUGUGUCUCCACCAUAGCAAAGUUUAUAGCUCCUAUGAUGAAAAGCCGUUUCCAUAUUAUUUGCACGUUUUUUGUAGUAACUCUUCUUGCAAUUUUAUGCAAAAAUUGGGAUCACAUUAUUUGUGCAAUAGAACAGAUAAUUAUACCAAGAUGAAAACACAAGAAUGAAGACUUUCCUUUUUAAAAAUAAUAUUUUGGACAUCUAAACAAGCUACCAAAUCUUGUAACCUAAGCAAACAGAUUAGGUGAAGACUUUUUCCCCCCACCUAGGCAUAAGCUUGUAAGACCGAAAACUCUUGCCAAUGCUUUCAUCUUAGCAAUCAUUGCAUAAGGAAUGACAUGAAUCUGAUAUGAAGUGGAUGACGUGUAUACAUCUUUUUGCCUUAAUCCAACCAACCUUUCUACAUCCCAGAUUUCAGCCAAAUUCUGAAUUAAAGAUAUUAAUUAGAUAAGUUUCAAGUGAAAAAAUAGAAGAAAUAAUAAUUAAUUACAUUUUAUUAAAUGUAAAUUUACAAUGUCCUAUCCUUAGCUAAAGCAUUUUUCUUGUAGUAUAUUUCUAAAUAGUAAAUUAAGAUAUCUGUGUCUUAGAAAAUGCUAGACAAAUUUCCCAGGUUCCCUGAUGAUCAACAUUCCUGUGGUGGGAACUGUGCUGAUGUGAAUUAUCUUCUGUUAUUUGUAUCCCUUUUUAUCCAAUCGACAUACGGUAUAUUAACUAUUUAAAAUUUAUUUUACCUUUCAAAUUAGUUUAGUUCAUGAUCUUAAAGAUGAUUUCUCUACUACAAAUGAAAUCAAGCACUUGGUUCUUUUGUUAAUCCAUAAAUGGGGUUCUUUACAGGAAAAUUUCUGUAGCCUACCAGACACCUCAUUUAUCAUAAAUGAAAAAAGAUAAGAAAAACUGUUCAUCUUCUAACAGUCACUGGAGGAAAUAAAAUCAUUCUCAAUAGAGCACAAACAUACACAUUAAUAUCAAUGAACAAACAAAACUAGUGUAACAAGACAUGUUCUGUAGUUUCAAAACAUAGGACCAAGAAGAGUAAAUUGAGGCCAAACAAUUCAACUACUGUCAGUUAGCCUUCCCAGGUUGACUAGAUAGGAAACAUAACCAGAUACAGUAAUUCUAUUUUAUUGUAAAGCCACAUUAACAGAAUCUAGCAAAUUAUCCUGCUGUCACUUCUAAAGUCCGGGAACUUAAACAGAGUCCCUUUGCUCUUCCCAUAGUACUACUGUGGGGUAUACUUUCUCUUAUCUGAUCAUUCCCAAGGCACCAUCUCUUCACCUGGUCUUCCAAGGUCUUUCCCAUGUAUCAUUACAUUGUUUCUCUCCUCCCCACUCUUCCAUACCCCAAUAAUCUGGAGUAUCGACUUCAUCACAAAUAAAGAACAUGCCAUUCUAAGCUAGUUGGAUGCUUGGAUAGCCUCCCUAUAUGCAUCACCAUUGAUUCGGAAAUGGUAAUGGCAUCUGCCUGUUCAAUUGGUAAAUGCCACUUCAUCCACUACUGUUAGAAUCAGCAAACUGCAUAUAAGGUAAGCAGCUGGCCUUCUAACUAGAAAUCGUUGUUAUGGUGCUUUCUCCAGGAAAAGAAAGAAUCAAUGACUAAAGCAGUGAGUCCCCCUUCUACCUCAAACUGUGGAACCUCUUAGGCCUCAUCUAGUUACUAUCUUUCCCUUCUCUUUUCCACCCUUCCUUUAGCUUCCUUAUUCAGCUGUCAUUCUCUAUGAUAUUGAGCAAUACUGCUUUUGUACCAAUCUGCAUAACAUUGGUGCAGUAUUCUCAAAUUGCUGUGUUUCAGCCUACCGUAACACCGUAAUCACUGUGAAGUUGGUAUUGAAUCAAGACUUCAUCUAAGAAUACUCUUGUAUAAUCUUCUUGAAUAGAAUUGGUUGAGAAGUGAAAAGAUGGGAGAUGGAAUAGUGUGAUUAUGUUCCUUGUUUUAAAGCAUGUAUUUUAUUUUGAGCACUUUCUUGUAAAUUGACUUGGUUGAGACCUUAAGACAUGCACUGAAAUCCUUUCACACAUUUUCUCUUGAGUUGUGUUUCUACUGUGUUUCAUGAAUAUAAUGAUAUGGAUAAUGUUAUGAUAACAGCAUUGUCCAAUAUGGUUUUUCAUCUUUUGAAAUUUGGAUGUGUUGUUUCAAAAUGCACAUGAGCAUAAGCACAGCUCUCUUUAAAAUAUCCACAUCUUUUUUUAGGCGUCACAUAAACUUGAAAAAUAGUCAAAACUGUUUUAAGAAGUCAAAAAUAUGACUACUUUAAAGAAAUGCUCCAAAAAUGAAGCAACCUCUCCAAAUGAUGUUUUAAGUAUGUGCAAUGGUAUUGUACAAUAUGUAAAUAGUGAUAAUGCUUGCACUAUAAAAAUGGUUUAUAAAUGAUAUGUGCAAUUUUAUUUUUUAAAGUAGAACUGGUCUUAACAGUAAAAAUGAGAGUCCUUCACUGUAUCAGGCAGACCAAUGUUAAGUUGAUUCUCCAGUGAUUCUUACUAGAUGAAUACUGUACUUUGCAUAGAAAAUUAAAGAAUCCAGAUUACCUUAAAAGGGGGGAGAUAAAAAGGAUUCACACUGUUAAGUCCAUAUCCUAUUUUUCCCGAUCUCAAAUUAGUAAAAUUAAAAAAAAAUCUAGUUUUUUAUCACAUUUGAUUAUUUCUCUCUUACAUAUAUAAGGAGCAUAUAAUUCCUAUUAAAAAAUUAUGUUUGACCAAAUUUUAAUCUAGUAAUUGAAACAGAUCAUGUCUAUAGUUUAUUCUAUAGUUUUGUGCAAAUCAUAGAAUUUUAGUUAGGUCUUGGAGAUCAUCUAUUCUAACUCUAUACCAGUGUUUCCUAACCUUGGAAAAUUGAAGAUGUCCGGACUUCAA